AUGGCUGUUGAAAACAUCACCUUGGACUCAGCUGAAGCCUCUCCUAAUCAGAGCGGUUGUGAUGUGUUUGUUUACCAACGAGCAGCCGUCGUCCUCUUCCCCAUUUUCUACUCUGUGGUUUUCGUCAUCAGCGCGUGUGGUAACAGCCUGGUCCUCUAUGUGAUCUGUCAGAGAAAGCAGAAGUUCAACUCUACCUCCAUCUAUCUGGUUAAUCUCGCUCUCUCUGACACUCUGUUCACACUGACCCUGCCUGGAAGAAUAACUUACUACAUCCGCCAUUUUGACUGGCCCUUUGGUGACCUUCUCUGCAGACUGACCACGCUGCUCUUCUUUGCAAAUACUUAUGCAGGUAAUAGAAGUGUGUAUGUUGAUAAUACACUGUUGCGUCUGUGAGCCCAUCUCUUUGAAAUGUUCACCUGUAUGCCUGUGUGAGUACAGAUAAGCUAGCCAAACAAUUCAUUUAAAUUUGUAACAUUCAUACACCCCAUGUCUAAGGAAUAUGAAGAGCAUAUCAACUUUUUUUAAGUAUUAUAAUGGAUCAUAACUCACUUAAAAAAAGUCAUGAAAGAGCCUAAUGUAUUAAAAAUCUUUAGUUUAUAUUUAAUUUGUUUUCCAUUUCAGUUCAUUUUUAAGUGUUUAAAUAGUUUAGUUUGAUCAGUUAGAUUUUUUUUUUGUUUUUGGAAAAUGCAGAGUAUCUUUGUCUGCGUCUCCAGCUGGAGUAUUAUUUUAACUUUGUGUAGUUCUGGGGUUAGUUUUUACUUUUUUCUCUCAACUUCACCUGCAUCACCAUAAUGCCAGACAAGGACAGGUAGAGACAGGAGUGCAAGAUCACCUACUGCCAAAAAUCACCCACAAUAGAAAUAGUUUCUCUCUACAUCACUUGAUGUUUCGUCACAUCACGCCAUGUCAUAUCAUGUUAUGUUCAAGUUUAUCAUUUGACAUUAUGCUACAUCAAAUUUUGACAUAUUAAGUGAUAUUAUGUCAUGUUAAACCGCAUGUAAUUUCCUGUUAUGUUUAUGCAUAUUAAUUCAUGUUAUGUCACAUCAUGUUAUGUCACCUCAUGUUUCAUCACUUAGUGUUUGCCAAUGUUUCUUUUUGACAUGUCAUUUUGCAAUAUGUUACAUCACAACAUAUUAUGUCAUGUUUCAUGCCGCAUUACAGAAACCUACAUUACGUUAAGACACCGCAUUUUGUAAUGUUAUUUCAUAUCAGUUAUUUCAUGUUAAAAUGCAUUAAAAUGCGACUCAUUACGUUAAAUAAUAAUGACAAAUUUUUAAGGACAGUUUGAUCAGUUGGUCACCUGACCACUAUCUAAACACGUUUACUCUGUCUGAAUUCUUUUAUACAUUUUAGUACCACUAACACAGCCCACAUUAUAAAAGUAUUCAAAAGGGUGGAAGAGUAUCGACAGCAUCAUAUUAUCACACAUUUCAUUGAACAAGCUCCUAUCUUUGAUUACUAGAAAGAUAACAUGCUGUACAUUUGUGAUUUUUCUAACAGGUAUUGGCUUCAUGACUUGUAUCAGCCUGGAUAGAUACCUGGCCAUGGUGCAUCCACACAGGCUGCAGUGUCUGCGCAGGGUCAAGGUGGUCCGUAAAGUCUGCUGCCUGGUCUGGGCUCUUGUAUUCAUGCAGAUAGCGCCUCUGAUUUUCCGCAGCAUGCUGCAUGAGCACCAGGGGAGACAAACCUGCAUGGAGUAUUUCAACUUCGACGGCUCCCGCUUCACUCCAUAUCUCCUCCUCCUGGCCUGCGUCAUCUCCUUCUGCUGCCCGCUGGUCAUCAUCAUGGGCUGCUACACCAAGAUCAACCUGAAACUGAGAACUGCAGCCAAGCAAAACUCUGUGACCAGUCGAUCAAGGAGGAACCAUAGAGCCAAUACCAUCAUUCUCCUCAUCCUGCUCACUUUUAUCAUAUGCUUCAGCCCUUAUCAUCUUAAUGUUAUGCAAUUUAUGACCAGGAAGAUACACCACAAGCCAAACUGUGAGGAACUGAGGGCCUUUAAAGUGUCAUUACAGGUAGAAAUCAUGCUUGUUCACUAGAUUUUAAAACCUCUUUAUGAAUGAACUCAUCAUAAUCCACCUUCUCCUUGCAGAUUACAGUUUCACUUAUGAACUUCAACUGCUGUUUGGACCCGGUCAUCUACUUCUUUGCCAUCAAGACCUACAAGAAGCGGGUGUUGAGUCUGUUCAAGGACUUUCUGCACACUUCUGGUGCUUCCUCCAAAGUGACAGCUGAGAAUAGCAGCAGUAACACCUGAGAGAAACCACAGCUUUGCUUCCAGGAGUGAAACCUAAAACCCACUGUCACAGAGGAGACCGAGUUUGCUCUGUUUCACUCAGAAAAUGAUCUGUUUCACUAUGACGUAAACUCUUUUAUAAGAAAUGACAAGUCCUGCAUUCUAAAUAUUUUGACAUAAAAUUUAUGUAUCUUUUUUUUUUUUUUCAAAUGGUGCAUAAAACUCAAUCUUUGUUAUUUUUUCCCCACUGAGCCGCUGUAUUUCACUGCUUUAUCUUGUUGUUCUUUGUCCUUUUUUAUUCGUCUCCAAGGUAGGAGUAAUCUAAAGCAGACUUAGCAUUUGUUUUUGUGUGUACUAUAAUGGCUUUUGAUUAAUUAUGUAUGCAUGCAUGGUAAGGGAAAUAUACCAACCUAGAUUAAACUGCUUUUUUUUCCAGCAAUGCAAAAGAAAUUCUGGUAAUUAAUGCAAUUCACAGCCAGGUCUUAAUUUUGUGCGGAGGUGCCAGUAUGCAGAUGUCCUGAUCGUGUGAGACAUUGACGUGAUUGCCUCUGGGGUGAAUAUUUUAUAUUGGGUAAGAGCUUGGGUGAAGCCAAAAAAUAAGAACAUGCCACCCAUCUCUUCUACGCCCACAUCUGAGUGGUGGGUGUAAUGCGUAGAAAUUAGAGUCACCACUUCCUCACCCACCUUUCCUGUUCCCCCUCACAGGCCUUAUUCCUGCCAGGCCCCACAUCUAGAGCUGUGAGUGGGUGUCAUGAAUUUAAACAGGUGCACGUUGCCUUUUUAUGGUGCAGAGUACCAGAGCUAAAUUUAACAUGAAACAUUUCUUGAGGUUUUGAAGAGCUGCCCUGUUUUUCAUUCCUUCUUUUUUUUCUGUGUGUAUAAAUUGAUCACAAACUAACAAAACACAGUCAAUGCAGUCAAUGGCCAGUGCAGUCUCAGCAGAUGACUAACAUGAGUCAGGUUCUGCUUAAGGUCUCUGCCUGUUCAAAGGAAGUUUGUCCCCGCUACAGUCACCUGCAUGUGCUGCAAAGUGUUAUACUUGUGGUUGAAGAUGGGAGUGGGUCUGAUCUUACAAGAUGAGGCUCAGUCUUACAUUGUUGUAAAUAUAAUGCUAAGGAUGGUGUAGACCGACCUUUUUGUGAAGCGCCCUGGAGAUAACAUUUGUUGUAAAUUGGUGUUAUGUAAAUAAAGACUGAUUGACUGAUUGA